AUGGAGCUUUUGAAUAAUGCGCUUUUCACCCGCGCGUCGCGUUGCUCCCGCCCGUCCUCGUGCGCUGCGGGGCUCUCGGUGCCUGCCCGGCGCCCGCUCCCUGCUCCGUCUGGAAAACGCAGCUCUCCGCUGCGCGAGAAGCCGCGACCGGCCGAUGUCCCCGAUCUCGACAGCGUCACGGGGGAUGCGAGCUGCUAUUUCUUUGGCUUCAGCCGGUUCCAGCGCUGCCGUCUCCGGACACGGACGUCUCCGGGCACGGUGCUGCCCGUGGGCUGCAGCAUCUGGAGAGGGCCAAAUGUGAACUGCGUGGACAGCACCGGCUACACUCCGCUGCACCACGCUGCUCUGAAUGGUCAUAAGGACGUGGUGGAAGUUCUGCUGAGGAACGACGCUCUAACCAACGUAGCGGACUGCAAAGGCUGUUACCCCCUGCACCUGGCAGCGUGGAAAGGAGAUGCAGACAUAGUGAAACUCCUCAUCCACCAAGGGCCUUCGCACACCAAAGUGAAUGAGCAGAAUGCUCUUGAGAUCAAAGAACUCAAAAAGUACGGCCCCUUUGACCCAUAUAUCAAUGCCAAGAACAACGACAACGAGACGGCGCUGCACUGCGCGGCCCAGUACGGCCACACCGAGGUGGUGAAGGUGCUGCUGGAGGAGCUCACGGACCCCACCAUGCGCAACAACAAGUUCGAGACUCCCCUGGAUCUGGCCGCGCUCUACGGGAGGCUGGAAGUCGUGAAGAUGCUCUUGAACGCCCACCCCAACCUUUUAAGCUGCAACACCAAGAAACACACUCCGCUGCACCUGGCAGCUAGGAAUGGUCACAAGGCUGUAGUGCACGUCCUCCUGGAUGCUGGCAUGGAUAGCAACUAUCAGACUGAAAAGGGCAGUGCUUUGCACGAAGCUGCUUUGUUUGGCAAGACAGAUGUGGUACAAAUCUUGCUGGCUGCAGGUAUUGAUGUGAACAUAAAGGAUAACAGAGGCCUGACAGCUCUAGAAAUUGUGAGGGAACUUCCUUCUCAGAAGAGCCAACAUAUAGCAGCUCUCAUUGAAGAUUACACGAUCGGGAAGAAGAGUGCUAAAUCUUCAGAGAAGAUUGUCCAG